AUGACUUUAAUGAAUGUCCAUCCUCCUAAAACGUAUUUCGGUGCGGGAGACAUUCAAAAGUCAUUGGGUUCUCUUCCUGGAUUCCCAUGGGCAAAAUAUCCCGGAGAAAAACAUCUCCCAGGGCACAAUUAUACAGGUCCAGGCACUAGGUUAGAUCUGCGUUUAGACGAAAAUGAUAAUCCCAAACCAGGAGAAGAACCCGUUAAUAGAGUUGACGCAGCAGCGCUCAAACACGACAUACUGUACAGAAACAAAGACAUAACAUUCAGACACCAAGCAGACAAACAAAUGAUAGACGAACUCGAAAAUAUUCCCAAUCCCACUUUCAAAGAGAAAUUACAGAGGGCUCUUAUCAUAAAACUCUUGAAGGCAAAAGUGAAAUUGGUGAAUAAAACAAGUCAGUUGCAAAAUUUAAUAUCUAAAUUAGACGAUAAGAUUACGAAGGUAAAGAUAGACGUCCAACGUUUAAUAGAUAACCCAAAUGUAAACGAGGAUAGAUUGAAACGAAAACUAACCGCUUUGGAAAGAAAACUUGGCGAAUUGCUAGCAGAACUAGACAAGACCGCGGACAAAACCGAGUUACAAAAUUAG